GUGGGGAGCGAGGUCUGGUCCCGCGCUCGCGCUCGCGCUCGCGCUCUCCAUUCCCGCAACUUCCCCAGCCGACCGGCUCGCGUGGCCUGGGUCUCUGGUCGCGCGCGCGGCCGCAGAGCGCGAUGAGGCGGGCGGCGCUGCGGUUUUGUUCCUUGAACAAGGGGCUGCUUAUUCCUGGCAGAGGACUGACUCAAGGAUCCCAGAAUCCAGAGAAACAGAGAGUCAUCCAUAUGCAUGAAGUUCGUGAUAAGUUGCGGGAGAUAGUAGGAGUAUCCACAAACUGGAGAGACCAUGUGAAAGCAAUGGAGGAAAGAAAAUUACUUCAGAGUUUUUUGGCUGAGUCGCAGAAAGGACUGCCAUCCAGGAGAAUGAGAGACAGUUAUAUUGAGGUUCUCUUGCCUUUGGGUAGUCAGCCUGAAUUACGAGAGAAAUAUUUGACUGUUCAAAACACCAUAAGAUUUGGCAGGAUUCUUGAGGACCUUGACAGCUUAGGAGUUCUUAUCUGCUACAUGCACACCAGAAUUCAUGAAGCUAAGAUGUCUCCUUUGUCAAUAGUUACAGCCCUGGUGGACAAGAUUGAUAUGCAGAAGAUGAGCUUAAGCCCGGAACAAGACAUUAAGUUCAGUGGCCAUGUUAGCUGGGUUGGGAAGACAUCCAUGGAAGUGAAGAUGCAAAUGUUUCAGUUACAUGGCAAUGAAUUUUGUCCUGUUUUGGAUGCAACAUUUGUAAUGGUGGCUCGUGAUUCUGAAAAUAAAGGGCCGGCGUUUGUAAAUCCACUCAUCCCUGAAAGCCCAGAGGAAGAAGAGCUCUUUAGACAAGGAGAAUUGAACAAGGGGAGAAGGGUUGCCUUCAGUGCCAAGUCAUUACUGAAAAUGGCUCCCAGUGCUGAGGAAAGGAGUACUAUCCAUGAGAUGUUUCUUCACACGCUGGAUCCGAAGACUGUAAGUUUUCAAAGCCGAGUUUUGCCCCCCAAUGCGGUGUGGAUGGAGGAUUCAAAACUGAAGAGCUUGGAAGUUUGCCACCCACAGGAGCGCAACAUUUUCAAUCGGAUCUUUGGUGGUUUCCUGAUGAGGAAAGCAUAUGAGCUUGGAUGGGCUACUGCUUGUAACUUUGGUGGCUCCCGACCGUUUGUAGUAGCAGUGGAUGAUAUCAUGUUUCAGAAACCCGUAGAUGUUGGAUCCUUGCUGUUUCUUUCUUCGCAGGUUUGCUUUACUCAGGACAAUUACAUUCAAGUCCGAGUACACAGUGAAGUGGCCUCUCUUGAGAGUAAAGAGCAUAUGACCACCAAUGUCUUUCAUUUCACGUUCAUGUCGGAAAAAGAAGUGCCCUUGGUUUUCCCCAGAACGUACGGAGAGUCCAUGUUGUAUUUAGAUGGGAAGCGGCAUUUCAGUUCCAUGAGCGUACCAGUGAACCUGAGAAGGGACUAGGAGCCCUAGGAAAAGCAUGCUGUUGAAGAGCAACUCUCCACACUGACAUAGAACCUGAGGGAGGCCUGCUCACGUGCCCUGGCUGUAGUGUUUAUUCUUGUCCUCCAGAGAGAAGAAUGUUUUCAGCCUUUAGGAUGAUCAGAAAAGCAGACUGAGAGGGUAGCUGGGUGGGGCAGAGGGAGGAGGAGUUAUGAAACAAUAAAUACUCUCAAGACAAUUUAAAUUGUGA